AUGAGUCGCCAUCCGGAUCCCACACAAUCGCAGGCUUCCAACCAUUUAUCAAGAGUUGAUGCCUAUAUUAACUUUGUAACUAAUAAUGCUGUGCCCCAUGCCGUUACGCUUCAAGAAGUAAAGGAUGCGACAGCAGCUGAUGAAGCAUUGCUGAGUCUAGCAAGAGUGAUAGCAACUCAAAAGUGGCACGAGGCUGGAAGAGAUGUCAGUCAGUAUCAGCAGAUCAAGCAGGAGUUUUCAGUAUCAAAUGACGUAAUUCUGAGAGGGACCCGCAUAAUAGUUCCCGAGAAGCUUCGAGAUCGAAUGAUUAUGCUGGCUCACAGAGGACACCAAGGAAUUGUCAAAACCAAGCGUCUUUUGCGAGAUUCAGUCUGGUUUCAAAGGAUAGACAGAAUGGUCGAGGAAGUUGUCAAAGGGUGCCUACCGUGCCAAACUGCGAUCCCUGAUCCAAAGCCAGUAUGCGAACCUCUGCAAAUGUCCCCCCUACCACUAAGCCCAUGGCAAGAGCUCUCCAUAGAUUUCUGUCGCCCCUUUCCAAGUGGAGAUUACUUGCUCGUCGUGACUGACGACUUCAGUCGGUAUCCAGAAGUUGAAAUUUUGAGGUCAACAUCAGCAAAGGCAGUGAUUCCUCACCUUGACAGCAUAUUUGCCAGGCAAGGGAUCCCCGAGACAGUAAGAACAGAAAAUGGUCCACCAUUCAAUAGUGAAAGUUUUCAGAUGUUUGCCACUCAACUUGGUUUCACACAUCGCAGAAUAACUCCUGAAUGGCCCAGAACAAAUGGAGAGGCGGAGAGGCUGAUGAAGACACUGGAGAAAGCAAUUAGGACAGCUGUCGUUCAAGGCAAGAACUGUAAACAAGAGUUGUCCACCUUCCUUCGACAGUACAAGGCCACCCCUCGUAACACCACAGGGAAGUCUCCUUCGCAGUUGCUGAAUGGACGAAAACUCAAGUCCACAUUACCUCUGGUGCAGUUUGAUCAGGCAUCCCCAGAGAUCAGACGGGCUGAUGCUAAGAGAAAGGAGAAGAUGACAGAGUAUGCAGACAAGUGCAACCAUGCCAAAAACACAGACCUGAACGUUGGUGACAAAGUAUUGAUAAAGCAACAAAAGCAGAACAAGACGUCUACACCCUUCAAGCCUGAGCCAUUUGAGACCACAGACAAGAAAGGAAGCAUGAUUACAGCCCAAAAUGCAGAACACACCGUAACAAGAAAUCCGUCAUUCUUUAAAAAGCUGCCUUCUAACAUACCUGUACAUCCCGAGGAAGAACAGUCUACACCCUUCAUUGAUGCAGCAGAAGCAGUUGAACCAACUGAGACAGUCGAAGCGCCUACAGUUACACCAGUUGAAUAA